AUGGCACGUACUAAGCAGACUGCACGUAAGUCCACUGGGGGGAAAGCGCCGCGGAAGCAGCUGGCUACUAAGGCAGCUCGGAAAAGCGCUCCAGCCGGCGGCGUGAAGAAGCCGCACCGCUACCGGCCCGGCACCGUGGCCCUGCGCGAGAUUCGCCGCUACCAGAAGUCAACCGAGCUGCUGAUCCGAAAGUUGCCUUUCCAACGACUGGUGCGAGAAAUUGCUCAGGACUUCAAGACUGACCUGCGCUUUCAAAGCUCCGCGGUGGUGGCCCUGCAGGAGGCGUGCGAGGCCUACUUGGUGGGGCUCUUUGAGGACACCCACCUGUGCGCCAUCCACGCUAAGCGGGUGACUAUCAUGCCCAAGGACAUUCAGCUCGCUCGCUGCAUUCGUGGGGAGAGAGCGUAAAGCUUUCUGGGCAGUAAUUAAAUCCAACUCACAAAGGCUCUUUUAAGAGCCGCCCACUUUUACCCGAAAAUAGCUGUGAUUAACUGAUCUAAUUCUGUGAAAGUUAAUGUUGAUUGCGGUACUUACAUACUCAUUCGAUUGUCCAAAGUUGAUGGCUAGCUUACUAUAUCGCCUGGUUUCUCUCGGACGUGCGAGAUUGUAAGCGUGUUCCUUUUCAUUAACUGGGUGUUGGGGGUUUGCUGCAUGGAGUUGGUAGUGGAAUAGGACACAUGGGUUCAUUUUAUAGAAGGCUUGGGUUUCGAACUUUAGUCACGUUAUCUGUGUACACCCAUCAUAGAACAGAUU